UUCUCCAAUAUUUCUUCAUAUUAGCGUUUGAUUUUUUUAGGUCUGUUUCCUGUUGGCAUGCUUCUUUUGUUUCAGAUGGGAGUCGACUCAAUUGUGAAACAUAUAUCAAACCAACAAGGUUGUGGUAGUGGAAAUAAUCUUUCUAAGAUUACAUUGGUUCAGCCUUACAAUGUAAAGAGGGCAAUGCCAUGCCCUGAUUGUCGGAAAAUCGAGAAAGGUCCGUGGCUUUAUUCUAAUGGAUGUCGUUCAUUUCUGGAAUUUAGCAUGGAUGACUGGACACACGAUGAGGAUCUGUACGAUUUAAGUUAUCUGAAAUGGAGUAGAUCGGUAUUGAGUUUUUGCGAAAGGUCAAGUUAUAAAUGGAGAGUUGAGGUCAAAAGCAUACUGAGCUUGAUGAUGAGCUGCAGACAGAUAGCAGCCCUGUAAUUCAUUGGAGUUUAGAGCAAGUUCAUCAAACUCUUUAGCUCAAACUCAUAGAAAUUUGUGAACUCUGCGCCAAAAUCCAAUGACCAAGAUAUAGACACUUGGACACCUAUAUGUAAAUAUUGUAGGUGUUUAGUACUUUUUGCAUGUUUUAUACAGUUUUAAAAUUCGCAGCAUCAUGCG